AUGGGCAUUGCAUAUGAAGAGACGUUCUCUUUCGCUAUUAAGUGGAAACAGGAGUCUGAACUUACGCAUGUUUUUCGUCUCAUCCUGCAGGAUGAAGAAACACGUAAAGAUUAUGACUACAUGUUGGAUCACCCCGAAGAGUAUUACAGGCAUUAUUAUCACUACUACAGCAGGAGACUGGCACCUAAAGUGGAUGUCAGAAUAGUGAUUCUAGUUACGGUGUGUGCCAUCUCCGUGUUUCAGUUCUUCAGCUGGUGGAGUAGUUACAAUGAAGCUAUCAACUACCUAGCUACAGUGCCAAAAUACCGCAUACAAGCCACUGAGAUUGCCAGGCAGCAAGGUUUACUCAACAAGAGUAAAGAAAAAGGCAAGAACAGGCGGUCUAAGGAGGAAAUUCGCGAAGAAGAGGAAGAAAUCAUCAAAGACAUUAUUAAAAAUAAAAUCGAUAUAAAAGGCGGUUAUCAGAAGCCCAAGAUAUAUGAUAUCCUUCUGUUUCAGAUCCUUCUCGCCCCUUUUUACUUGUGCAAAUACGUGGUUUGGUACUGUUGGUGGAUUUAUUGUUUCACUAUUAAAGGGCAAGAGUACGGUGUGGAAGAGAAGCUGUAUAUCAUACGAAGGUACAUGAAAAUGUCUCAGUCUCAGUUUGACAGCCUAGAAGAUCAUCAAAAAGAGACCUUUCUGGAACGGCAACUGUGGAUACGAGAAAACUAUGAGGUCUAUAAAAAAGAACAAGAGGAGGAGUUAAAGAAGAAGAUGGCCAUGGAUCCUCGAUGGAAGAGAUAUCGGAGGUGGAUGAAAAAUGAAGGACCCGGAAGACUGACUUUUAUUGAUGAUUGAAUGUUGCUGAACAAAAUGUGUGCUAAUGUUGAAAGUGAUUUGCAAAACUUUUCACUACAUCAUUCAAGAGUUUUGUCUGCUGUGGCUCAGCAGCGAUCUAAAACUCAGGAAUUACUAAAUCAGGCUGAAAAAAUAAUACAGGUUUACCAUUUUUAUAAAUCAGACCUAUUAAACAGGCUCAACUCAAUGUAUAUAUGCCAUUUAUUUGGGGAUCUCAGUGUGGAAUUCAUUAUUCCAAACAAUGUAUUUUCUCUACAUAUUUCAUAUUCAUGAUCAAUGGAACCAUAACUUUAGUCUUUCUGUAAAUGUUUCUAGAUCAGUCCUUGCAAGUCCUGUUUUUCCUUUUUAAACUGAAGGGUUCCUGCACAUGGACACUGGAAGUGCUUAUAAAGGAUUCUGAAGCAAGGACCAUUUUCUGUUUUCCUCUCUCUUUCCCCUACUUUUCAAUCUAAUUUCUAAGAUGCCAAAUUUUUUUUUUGAUGUAAACAAUAUGGGGAUUAUACCAGACUACUUCUUUUGCUAUUCCUGCUCCAGUUGGAAAUGAAUUUUAUUCUUUGUGGGAAUAAAUGAUGCAUGAUUGAUCAUCAUCGUGAUGCAAA